AUGGCUGCAAGCCAGAUCCAGUGUGAAUCUGCCGUGUGUGCUUCAGUGAAAAGUCUCCCAGACAGAUUUGUUUGCUACCUGAGCCCCUCAGCAGUGAGCAACCUGAGUAGAGAUGAUGCUUUGAGCUUGGCCCAGCGGAUCAGUAGGAGCUGCCCGUUGAACCUGACACACAGAGGAAUAACUAGAGAGAGAGCUCCCUCCUCCCUGACAACAGAGGAACUGCAGGUUGCAUCCUCUCUGGUGAGAAAGUUUGAGCAUUUCCCUCCUGCAGUCCUGCAUGCAUUGGGCCAGGCUGCAAUUGGGCUGUCCAUAUCAGACAUCGAAAACAGGAUCACUGAUAAAGACCUUGAAGCAUCUAUUCCUGCCCUGGGUGAGGUUCGUGGCUGGAACGCUGAGCAGUCCAGCACUAUCAUCAACAAACUGCUCAGCUCUGGCUAUCAGAUCAUGGAUGGACAGAGCCUGGCAAAGCUAGGGAGCUUGGUGGCUGGCCUCAACAGCAGCACACUUCGAAGUCUGUCUCCAGAAGUGAUCUUGGAAGCCAUUAAGUUGCCUGAGUUUGUUCAGCAAAUGGUGACCCUGCCCUCUGCUCUGAAAAUGACGUUUAUGGAAAAGAUUUCCUCCAGUGUAGGACACCCUACUGACCUGGUUAAAUAUAUCCCUGAUGCUCUGGCCAGUUACAUUCCAAAAUCAUUCCUUAUUUUUGGGGAAGAGAAGCCCAAUAUUCAGGAUCUCAACAGUAAAAUGUGGACCCGAGAACAGGCUGCCAUGUUCUUCAAUGAUGUGAUAAAGACAGAGCCUGACUUCAGCAGGCUUUCCCAGUCAGUCCUCCAAGGCUUCACGUGUGCAACUGCCAAUGAGAUGGAAGCAGGAAGGGUUCAGGAGCUGGCCAAAGUCAUGAAGAAGAAGAAUGUCAAGCUAGGAGAAGACCAGCUGAGUUGCUUAGUGAAGAUGGUGAUGCUGCAUGGGAUUCCCAAGGAUUUAGACAGCUAUCCUAAAGACCUGUUGCUGUUUUUAAGUCCUUCAGACUAUGCAGCGACAGGAAGCUGUAGGCAGUACUUUGCUAAUAUUGGGAAAGCAAAUCUUGAUGUUCUGCAAAGAGAAUCAUCUCAGCGGAAACAGCUGCUCAUGGAGGCUUUAGCAUGUUUGAAAAUUCCUGGCAUGCAAGUAAAUGAGGAAGAUGCAGACAUUCUAGGACGUUUGGUCUGUGACCUGGGUGGAGAAUACAUUAGAAGUUCUGGUGGGAAUUUGCUGAAGCAAUUAAGCCAGUGUGACGCUUUCCUGCCUGAUCAAGAAGAAGCUAUUAGGAGCGUCAUCAGCAGUGGUAACACUACAUUUGGGCCUCCUGUAGCAUGGUCAGCUUUUACUUUGAACGAGCUCAGUGGAUUGAUUCCUGUAUUUGAUCACAGCAUCUUGCAGAAGAUCCCCAAGAAUGCUUUAAUUCUUUGGCUGAAAAAUUUUGCACGUGAUUCACCUUUGUCAAGGGAACAGCUGGCCACCGUUGUCGAAGAACUCCGACCUACUCGGCAUAAGCGUGCUGAUGGUUGCCCACCUGGCAAGGAGAUAACAGAGGUGAUUCUUAAUGAUGACUUGAUGCCUAUUUACUACACUCCUGAGGAGUUACAUGCUUGCCUGAAGAAUGUAUCUCUGGAGAAUCACCUCUCUCAGAUACUGACCUACCCUUUCAGUGUUCCGCAAUUAGCUGUGCUGAAGAGGUAUCUGGAUGAGGCAUAUCCCGAUGGGUAUCCUGAAAGUCUGCUGCCCAAACUGGGCCAGCUCAUUUUUUUCAUCACCCCUGAGGACGUUUCCAAAUGGAAGAUAACUUCAGCUGACACACUGACUGUCUUGCUAAAAAAUGAACCACCUGAUGAUGAGGCUUCUGCAAUUAUUAAACGAUAUGUUGGCUUGGGAAAUGCCUUGAAUGCCACUGCACUGAAUGCAAUUGGUACAAGAUAUGUGUGCCUUCUAAAUGCAGCCGAGUUGAAUAUGAUAGACUCCAACAGCUUUAAACUGGCAUCUCUGAAUCCUUCAGCCUGCUCACAGCUUACCAAAGACAUUUUAUAUGCUAAAGCAAAACGUGCCUUCUCGGACCAGCACUAUUUACCUGCUUACUAUGAGCUUAUCGAACCAUAUCUAGGGGGUGCUCCUGCUGUGGAUCUCAGAUCUCUUGUCAAGGACAAUGUGAACAUGAAAGUUAGCACUUUGGCGAAGUUAAGGAGAGACUCUUUGAUGAGCCUGACACCUUCGGAGGUUCAGGGCUUGCUGGGGAUGAAUCUCAGAGAUCUGGAGAUAUGGCAGUACAAGUCUCCCAUCCGGGAGUGGGUCCAAAUGCAGAAACAAUCAGAACUGGAUAAACUGCACGUUGGGCUUACUGGAGGAACCCAAGAAGGCUACAUGAACAUUGUCACGCCUGAAUUUCAGCUGCCAUCCUCAGCCUCUCUGGGUGCCAUGGCCAUGACGCUCCACCUCCUGCCUGCUCUGCUUAUCAGUUUCCUGAUGAUGUCGGGUUUGUCUUGA